GUGACGUCACUGUUUGUGUGCUCGCUCUGGGGAAGAUGGCGGAGGCUGCGGCUGUUCCCCCGCAUCGCUUUUUCUGUCACUGUUGUAAGGGAGAAGUAAACCCGAAACUCCCGGAGUACAUCUGUCCUCGCUGUGACUCAGGCUUCAUCGAAGAAGUGACAGAGGAUUCCAGCAGCCUCUUAGAGAGCGGCGCCAAUGGACUAGAUGACGCAACCAGUCAGUUUGCAGAGCUUUGGCACCUGCUCUUAAUGGAGCGACCAUUUUCCAUCGACAACCCCGACUCGGAACCUCGGCUCCCCGGAGGGCGCUUGGGCGGGCUCAGCGACUUGGGGGGGUUCGGAAGCGGACCCAUCGGGGGCUCUGUCCCCGCUGGCCUCGGGGGGGCCAUGGGGGGUUCGUUAGGCACCGGCGACCACUGGGGCCCAGCACGCCCCCCACGCCUACACACCCAGAGGAGAUACAGGUCCAGAGUCAGCAGCAGGCCCGACCGCUCGCCUGCUGUCGAAGGGAUUGUACAACAGUUCCUCGCCGGCCUCUUCGCCAACUCUGGAGUCUCUGGCUCGCCGCCGCUGUCAUGGACAGGGAUGCUGCAUUCUAAUCCAGGGGACUACGCGUGGGGACAGGGGGGCCUGGAUGCUGUCAUAACACAAUUACUAGGUCAGCUGGAGAACACAGGGCCUCCUCCAGCAGAGAAAGAGAGGAUCUCUUCUCUCCCCUUUGUAAAUAUUACUCAGGAACAAGCAGACUGUUGUAUGGAAUGUCCAGUGUGCAAAGAGGACUUUGAGGUGGGCGAGGCCGUCCGACAGCUCCCCUGUAACCACUUCUUCCAUUCAGCCUGUAUAGUACCAUGGCUGGAGAUGCACGACACGUGUCCAGUUUGUCGGAAGAGUUUGAACGGCGAAGACAGCAGCAGCCAGCCCCCGUCAGAUCCCCCCUCCCUCUCCAUGGACCCCCGCACACAGGAGAGAUGGUCCUUCUGAAGACAAGGAAACAACACACAAGAAGAGACUUCUUGCUCCCCUACGCCUCCGUUGCCGUCAUAAUCACUUUUUUGUAAUUUUCUGUUUGUCUUUUCCCCUGAACCAUGUACACACACACACACGUCUUAAAGGAGACAUAUAAAUGUUUUCACAAAUUUUGUGACAUGCUUUAGUCAAAACAACAGGACAGUUUUGGCUGGUGUGUUCUGUCUAAUGCAAAUGUGUCACUUCUCACCUUAAUAUCAAUUUGCAAGUCAAGUUCAUAAUAUGUCUCCUUUAAGGUCUCCUUUCUGCUCCAGUUGAGGCCCAUCCAUGUUUGUCCCUUAAGCCACUUCCCCCUUUAAUCACUAUUUUGGGUAAAUGUCAACAUUUGUCUCUCAAAGUCGCCACGUUGCUGUAAACAUAUUCAUAAACACUAUUAUUUAUUGUUAUGAUGGUCCACGAGUGUAUUUCUUUUGCUUAAUGUUGUUUUAAGGGUUCAUAAAAGGGAAAUUACAUCUUAAAACCAUCGCAUCAAUUAAAUGAAGUCGUCAUUGCUGGCCCCACUUUUUCCAAACUCCACCUACUCCUGCUGGUGUACAUAUUAUAAUUUGUCAUCUGUCAGUAGUCCUCAUUGUAUGAUCACAUUUUUACCACUUUUUUUAAUGUAAAUAAUUGUAGUCCAAAAACAAAAAAGUUUGCAAAGAAAAACAUUGAGAAUGGAGACGCAAAUGUGAAUGACAUACAUGGUUAACAAACUGUAUUAUAUAAUUGAAAUAAAAAUGUCUAUGAUGUAUUAAUAAAGUGACAAAAAUGG